GGCAGCCAUGAGCGCUCUAGGAAUGCUCUCGACUGAUUUACAGUCGAUUUCCACAGAAUCAAGGAGGAAGCAUCCAGAAGUUCGUGAUGCCGCUGAACAAUCUCUCGCCGUUCUCCGCUCUUCUCCAGAUGAAGCAGCAGCUUCCCUCCUCAAGGGGGAUAAGAAAUCCGACACACUUCUCCAGCCUGUAUUCCUUUCAUGUCAGACUCGGAACUCUAAGCUUGCAUCUAUCGCUCUCGGUACCCUUCAGCGACUCGUCGCAUCCCGCCUCAUCUCACCCUCCUUUGCGCCUAGGAUAAUCUCCACCCUGUCGACCGACUGUCUGACAGGCGGUGUAGACAUCCAACUGAAAGUGCUGCAGACGCUGCUCAGUUUGCUGACGGCAUUCUCCGAUGUCAGCGGGGAGUUGUUGGCCGAAGCACUCCUGGCAUGCUUCAAGCUACACGAGAGCAAGGCUGCUGUGGUCAGCAGUACGGCGGCUGCGACGCUCAGACAGCUCGUCAUCCUCGUCUUCGAUAAGGUGGCGGAUGAGGAUCAAAAUGGCUCAGCCGAAGCAGCAUUCAAGUCAGUUCAACUCCCCGAUGGAACAAACAUCCCCCUUCGACCUUUUGCGCGCGACGCCUACUUGAUCUUCUCAGACCUGCUUCUGCUCGUCAAUUCGCAAAAAGCGUACUUCCUUCAUCUCACCUCCCUAAGCAAAACGUUCACGCUCGAGCUCAUCGAGUCCGUCUUGACAAAUCAUCACCAACUCUUCCGCACCCACUCAGAGCUGACAGCGCUUCUGGAACGUCAGCUCUGUCCCUUCCUACUCAAAGCACUCUCCGACCGUCCGCACUUCCCACUCAUGCUCCGCUCAGUACGGGUCGUCUUCCUCUUCUUGCGCCAAUUCACGCGCGACCUCAGCGCCGAAGCAGAAGUCUUCCUCUCCGUGCUCACCAAGUCCAUCAGCGGGGACAACAUAAAUGGGGAAAAAGAGCGCCCUACUUGGGUACGCGUCCUGAGCGCCGAAGUCCUACGUGGGCUUUGUGCACACCCGGAUCUCCUAGCAUCCCUAUUCGAGCUCUACGACUUGCGCACAUCAGAAGGCCGCAGCCCGGUAUUCAGCAAUCUCAUCACCGCCCUCGCCAGGCUCGCAUCCUCCAAACCUUCCCUCCUCGGAACGAAUGCCGCGCUCUCCGGUGCACACCUCAGUACCCCCGGACUCGGCCUGCCAACAGUACACGAGAACCCGUCAUCCUACGACGUUGCCGGCGUAGCGGGUAUGGUUGCUUCCGCCGCUGUGGCUGGCGUGUCUGGUGUUGUUGGGGGUAUGAUGGGUGGAGAAGGAGGACUGAGCGCCCAGAGCAGCGCGAUGAAAGUCCCUUGUAUCGACCAGCUGGACAAGACGGACGCGCCUGUCAUCCCUGAUGGAUACGUCUACCUCCUCGCACUCCAAACGCUGUGUACCGUUGCCGAAGGGCUGCAUACCCAGACGCUGCCGAUAUACAACACUAUUAUGGAGCGAAAGGGGCAGCACUCGGCCCUUUUUCAAGGGAUGGCACCCCGCGCAUUGGACAUGAAAGAGCUGCCUUCCGAUAACAGCGAAACCCAGCGGCUCCGCCUAUCGUACGCGAUGACCGAGUCUGGCUGGCCGGCGCUUCUUGCCAGCCUGAGUUUCUUCAUGUCUACCAACCUCUCGGACGAGCUGUUCGUGGACGUCCUCGGCGCCUUCCGCGCUCUGAUCUACGUCUCCGGUGUUCUGGGCCUCGCUACACCGAGGGACGCAUUCUUUACCUCCCUAUCCAAGUUCGCCGUCCCGCCUCGGACGGUGAGCGCUUACGACGCUUGGACUGACGGGCCGCACCCGACGCCCAAGACGCCUAUGCUCAGUAUGGACAGUCUUGCUGCCUCCUCGUCCGCUCCUUCCCUCGUGCCACCCACUCUGGGCGAUAGGAAUGUCGCCUGCCUGAAAGUGUAUGUCUCCUGUGCGCACUACCUCGCCGCUGUCCUCGGCAAGAGCUGGUAUGACGUCUUCGAGACGCUGCAGAACGCAGAACACGUUCUAGGAUUUAGGAUCCAGUCGAAGGGUGGGCAGAUGACGGGACAGGAUCCGUUCAGCCCCAAACCUCCGCAGCCACCUGCAGGAGGGAAGCACACAGAGCAAAAGCCGCGCCACCCCAUGCUCAACGACCUGGAUAAGGAUGCAGUCAGCCAAGUCAUUCGAAAACUAUUCGAGGCGUCUAAGUUAUUGGACAUUGCUGGCUUUACCGCCUUCGUUAGCUCCCUCUGCAAGCUCAGUGCCGAUAUGGUCGACAUGCAGACUAGGGCUUUCGAAGGUACAAUGGUGGAAGAUGCGAUGACUGGUAGCCAAGAAGAACUCGCCAGCGCACCGGCGACCGCGUCUCCCACUCCACUGAGCCCGAGGAGUGAGAAGGUCAUGCGUCGUGCGAGUGGGAUGGCGAUGCCCAAAAUUGUGCGAAACGGGGACUUCGGCAUCAACAAGCUUGGCGUUGUUGUCGCUCUCAACUUGCAGCGACUGGUCCUUCCUGAAGCCCAUGCAACUCUUGCUGCCGUUAUCAGACACCUGUUGAUGGUAUUGAGUGGGUCGAUGACGCCGUCCAUCCUACGACUGCAAGCAACAGACACCCUAGAUGAGUCACUCCUGCUCCUCUCCCGUAUCUUCGGACCAGAGACGGACUCGACCGGCCAAGUUCAAAGGCAAGUACUAGACGCCCUGGCUGCCCAGAUGUCUGUGCAUUCGUUGCAUGGCAGCAGCUCAACGCUCGAAAUUCGCAAGGCGGGAUUGGACACAUUGCACAUGAUCUUGCAGCAGGCUGGCCAUACUUUGGUCCUGGGUUGGGAAACCAUCUUCCAGAUACUGUCCAGCGUCAUACGCCUGGAUCUCUACUCUUUCGAAGAAUCAACCAAUGUGGUGCAAUUGGGGUCACCAAAACGCCGUCCAGCUCCAAUUAUCACUGCAUCCGUCAAGAACGACGCGAGUUUGAUUCGAGUCGCUUUCUCGUCCCUCAAGUUGAUCUGCAGCGAUUAUUUACCCUCAUUGAGCGUCGAGCAGCUUCGUCUCUGCAUAACGACACUGGUCACAUUCGGACAACAGAAGGAAGACUUGAAUAUCGCCCUUACUGCUGGAGGUGGCCUUCUGUCCAAUCUCUCCGAUUAUAUCCAGACGAAGCGAAUUGGAGAGAGCGCAGAAUACGACACGUUGUGGAUGUUUUUGCUUAAUCAGCUUCUGGUUUUGUGCGAUGACAAUCGUGCUGAAGCUCGGAACGGCUCCAUCCAGACUCUUUCGAGAACUCUGCAGCUGUACGGAACGACGAUGACUGAAGCGAUGUGGGAUGAAUGCUUGUGGAAGGUGUUGCUUACUCUUCUUGAGAACCUGCCAGCGAAGAGUACCGAUUCCGCAUUGUCAGGAGUAUCGCCAGGGCCAUCGCCACCCACAGCGGUGACAGUAACUACCGCGCAGCCAAUCGACAAUAGCUGGAACGACACUAGAAUCCUUGCCUGGCACUCUCUGAGUGCUGUUAUAAGUGAAUUCUUGGCUAAGCCCAUCUGCGCCUUGCCGAGCUUCAAUCUCGCAUGGACCAAACUCCUUUCUUUGAUUCAACAUGCCGUCUUGAGCCAGCCAAAUUCUGUAGGAGCAGCAGCGAUGCGCGCCCUGGAGAGAAUCAUGAAAGCAUCCAAUGCUCUCACAGAUCUUGACAGUACCGAUCACUCGUCAUUCUGGGAGAAUUCGUGGACGACUUGGUCGAAGAUAGGCUUAUCAGCAGUUGCGGUUGACUCCAUGCGCAAAGGCUAUACGCAAGACAUCUUACUCGCCCUUAUGGAGACGGGUAGCGUCGUUUACGGGCUCUCAGGGAAGCAGUGGGAUAUCGAACGCUGUCGAGUUCUGCUCCGUAUUUCAAGAGGAGUUAUGGAGUACCGCCACUCUCCUGAAUACCGUCUUGACGUAGAUUCUCUUUCUCCUUGCCAGGCUGCAGUUCUGAGAGUGAUUGAAGUUCUUGAUGAAUCCGUCGGGGAUACUGUCAGCCUUGUUCUAAAGGAACUGGCGUAUUAUACGCGGCUUGCCUUCCUUCCGUUCACCGAUGGUUUGAAAUCACCUGUCACUGCUAUCCCACCAAAUUCAGCAAUCAGCAAUACGACAGCCGCGAAGAAGGCCACAUAUAUUGCCGUAGCUAAGGCUACAAUGCCGCUGCUUGUCGACCGGUUUUCCUCCAAUUGGACCAACGUUCAACUGUAUAAUGACGGGGCGGUGGAGGAUAUUAUAGCCGCUGACGCAUUGCCAAUGGCCUUAAAGUACUUAUGCCCCGCGGCAUCCCGUAUUGGAGCAGAUCCUCCAUUGUGGAAGACUGCAACAUCCAGUUUCAUUUCUAUCCUUGGAAAAAUCUCUUCUGGACUAGAGCAGCUCAAAGAUGGUGUGCGGGAUGAUGCCCUUGUCCGUAUUUGGACUGAGGUUGUUCAGUGCCUGGAGGGAGCUUUAACAGCAGAUUGUUCUGCGGGUCUCGUUAUGCCUCUUGUCGAACAAGACAGUGAGGAACAGUUUGAUCGCUCGUUGCUGCUUGCUAUGGAGCAGCACGUCCUCCCAUAUCUAGGGAAACAGAAGCUACCGAUUGACCUAGUACAACGGCUCCCCCAGCUGCUAGAAUCAAGCAGUGUACUACAUCGACCAGAAGACGAACUCAAUUUCGUCCCUGUUCCUGACACACAUGCGUCUCCCUUGACUCAGGACAACCAGCCGCAUACUCCUCAGUCUGUGGCAGCACGCUCGAGAUCUGAACAUGCGAUAUAUGGAGAUCCCGUGUCAGUCACUGCCUUGUCUCGGGAACGUUUCCGAUACUGGUGCUUUGACCUGCUAUUUGCAACAUGCAGUAAUUCCAAUUCUGACCACGAACCUGAACGGCGAAGAUUGGCAGCCUUGAGUCUCCCUAUCCUGAUAGGACGUUGCAAAGGCAUUUUGGCAUCGCACGUUGCCGAUACACAACUGCUUGGCAAUAUUCCUUUCGCAAGAAUUCGCGAAGAAGAGUUGCUCUAUGCGCUUCGGAAAAUGUUGGAACUACGUCUUUGGGUGGGCAGCUUCUGGGCAGCUUUGUCUGAUGAUCCGUCCUCCAACUCUCUAGCCCAGCCAAAUACCGACCCAAGCCUGCCAGCUUCGUCUAUAAUAAGAGACCUCAUGUUGCGCUCGAGUCGUGCACAUAUUUACGUGCUGUAUGGACUUCUUUGUCGGAUCGCAGCAAGCAGCCACGCUGGUCCGAUUGCAUGGGUCGCCCCUGACUCUGCGCUGUCAAAUACGCCGUCCAAAGACUCUCCAAUGGAUCCGAUUCUGGCCGAUGCAAGACAGUUGGCAUGCGCGUGUUUGCUCGAGCUUGGGACAGAAAUGGCUGUGUGAAGAAAACGCGGGUUAUAUUCACGACCUCAUGGUAUUUUUGUUCAUCAUUUGUAUUGUAUACAUUGCAGAUCUUGUAAUCAGGGCCUAGUCUAAGGCAUUCGUUC